CUUCUGAGAAGUCGGUCCUUGCUACAACAAUAUUUACAUACCGUUCCCAUCGUAAUAUUACUUAUCAGUCGGUAGUCGCUGCAGUUAUCAGCCUACCUACAAUUUGUGCAGGGAGUGGUUUACUCGAUGUGUCGAGAUAACGGGGCGAUAGCUUUAAUAGCUAUUAGAUUUAAAUUAGUAUUCACCCGGUUACGCUAUUAAUAUGACAGUUUGACGUUCAGCACGAGAUUUUAUUUGUAUUUUAUUUAUAUUAUUGUGUUUUUGGUGUUGUGUUGUGAUUUUUAGAGCAAAAUGACAGACUCCAAGCCUUUGCUGCAGUUCAAAGAGGGCAAAGUAUCGUACGGCACAGACAGUCCGGCGCGAGGUCGGCGGGUAAUAUUCUGCGUGCACGGCAACCCUUCCACAGGAUGCUGUGCGGUCAUAGAAACCAGCGCAGACGGCGACGAUGGCGAACAACGCAACGGAAGCAUUACAGAAGUUGAAAGGCAUUGUCACAGAUCGAGGAAUGAAGAAAUAGACAAAAGAGCACGAAGAAAAUUGAUAAUAGCCAGCAUACUAUGUGUUAUAUUUAUGAUAGGUGAAAUUGUAGGUGGUUACUUAUCAAACAGUUUAGCGAUAGCCACAGAUGCUGCCCACCUUCUAACAGAUUUCGCUAGCUUUAUGAUAUCGCUGUUCUCGCUUUGGGUGUCCAGCAGGCCAGCUACGAGACGAAUGCCGUUCGGGUGGUACCGUGCAGAGGUGAUAGGUGCGCUUACAUCAGUAUUAUUGAUCUGGGUGGUGACGGGAGUGCUGGUCUACAUGGCGAUACAGCGCGUCAUAUACAAGGAGUUUGAGAUCAACGCCACCGUCAUGCUCAUCACCUCCGCUGUAGGAGUUGCCGUUAACCUCAUUAUGGGUCUGACCCUACACCAGCACGGUCACAGCCACGGUGGAGGCGGGCACGGACACUCACACGGAGGAAACAACCCUGUGCUCAAUAAUAAGGAACGAGCUGACUCGGACGCGGAGAGCGCGGCGUCUGGGCACACACACGCGCACGCGCAGGAGAACAUCAACGUACGCGCCGCAUUCAUACACGUGCUCGGGGACUUCCUGCAGAGCGCCGGCGUACUCAUCGCGGCCAUCGUCAUCUACUUCCAGCCAAGCUGGAGUCUAGUGGACCCAAUCUGCACGUUCCUGUUCUCCGUGCUAGUACUCAUCACUACCUUCAACAUCAUCAAGGACACACUCCUUGUUCUCAUGGAGGGAUCACCUAGAGGGGUCGACUUCCAGGAGGUGGCCAACACGUUCCUGUCCCUGCCGGGCGUGGUCCGCGUGCACAACCUGCGCAUGUGGGCACUCUCACUCGACAAGACCGCGCUCUCCGCGCAUCUCGCCAUACGUACCGGAGUGAGUCCACAGAAGGUAUUAGAAGAAGCGACCAGGUUGGUGCACGACAAGUACAACUUCUUCGAGAUGACGCUGCAGAUCGAGGAGUUCAGCGACGGCAUGGAGGACUGCAGCCAGUGCAAGAUGCCGCAGGCUUGAGACAUAUUACUUACUCUACGUACGCACAUAUAAAUACCCUAAAUUACAAUUUUAUCACAAAGCUAUAAGGUUUAAUAUGUUAAAAAGUUCACAGGGUUUUCGACCUUAUUGCUAAGUGUUAAAAUGGCCUGAAAAAGAAGUAUUUGUAGUACUAGAUUACUGUGCUUUCUGAAUGUUUAUGAGUAGCUAGCCGUGGUUUGGCUUACUACACCAAAGAUAUUUUUGAACAGUUUCAUAAGUCAAUUAUACACGACAAAAGGCCCUGAGCGACACCUGUAUACAUUUAUUUUGUUAUGUGAACUCCCUGUACAAGUAAUAUAAUAAUUACACUAAACAAUUAGCCGAACUACGGCUGGGCGUCUUCAGUCAGGU